AUUGAUUUUAGUUCUUUCCAUGCAGAAUGCUCAUUGUUGACCAGAGAAAGACAUAUUUUAUUCAAAGGUUCGUCUAUUGGGUUUUCAUUUUUGCUCUAAACGCUGUUACGUUUCUUGUGUUGUUUUUCUCAUGCUACUGCAGAUCCAUGGCAUUUCAAACAGCUUUAAAAAAAAAAAAAAACUAGAACGUUUUCUAUUCUUUUCUACUGGCAACCACGGAAUCAUUUUUUGGGCAAUCUCAGUCAGGAGAGUCCUCUCUCGUGUGUUCCUUCCGGGUUAACAUCAGCCUUUAGAAAGGCCGGACUAAGCGACUUCUGCCCGGGUUGUGCUCUACGUGUAAAUAGCAAACGGAGAGGUCCCCAGAGCUGAGAGGUUUGCGACUCCCGCUAGGGCAGCGUGGGGGGAUCGCAGCAGCAGCUGGAAGAGGAUCCGCCGAAAUGGGAGGUGUGUGGGGGGAAUCGGAGAGGAGGGUGGAGAAUAGGAAUCAUGUGUGCUCCUCGAGUGUACAACCCACAUUUGAGUGGCAAAUGACGAGGACAACCUACAAAAAACAACUAAGCGCAAAUCCGCCCGAAUUUCUCUCCCUUUCUGUGCGUGUGCGUUUUCAACUAACUUUGGGAACUCGUAGACCCAGAGUCGCGCCCCGUGCUGCCUUGCCACCACCUUGGUUUCGCGCGCCCUGCAAGCCCUCUUCGUUGCCACCUCUUCCUCUGGACUAAGGAUGGACGAUCCCUUCGGAUCCUCAAUUGUGCCGCCAGCGCCCAACCUCUCGGUACCCAACUCUCUGGGCUGGGGUCUCAACCUGACUUCAGGGAAGGAAGUUCCCGCCCCGUGGACGCCACCGCUCGGGACGCCCAGCCGCCGCGUCCACCUGGUCUUCCUGGGGGUCAUUCUGGUGGUGGCGGUGGUCGGCAACUCCAUGGUGCUGUGCCGCCUCUGCGGCGGCGGCGGCCGCGGGUCCUGGGCGGGGCCCAAGCGUCGCAAAAUGGACUUCCUGCUAGUGCAGCUGGCCCUGGCCGACCUGUACGCGUGCGGAGGCAAUACACUGUCGCAGCUGGCCUGGGAGCUGUUGGGAGACCCGCGCCCGGCCGCGGGCGACCUGGCGUGCCGCUUCGUGCAGCUGUUGAGGGUGUCCGGCCGCGGCGCCUCGUCCCACCUCGUGGCGCUCAUUGCCCUCGAGCGCCAGCGCGCCGUCCGCCGUCCACUGGGCCCGCCGCUGCCCGCGCGCGCCCUUGCAGCCAUGGGCUGGCUGCUGGCGCUGCUGCUGGCCCUGCCUCCCGCCUUCGUAGUGCGCGGGGGCGCCCCCACGCCUACCCGGCUGCAGCCGCCGUCCGCCACGCCCCCGGCCGCUCGCGCUUGGCCCGGGGAGCGUCGCUGCCGCAGCAUCUUCGCGCCCCUGCCGCGCUGGCACCUGCAAGUCUACGCCCUCUACGAGGCUGUCGCGGGCUUCGUGGCGCCCGUCGCGGUCAUGGGCGUCGCCAGCAGCCGUCUGCUCUGCGCCUGGUGGCAGCGCCGGCCCCGCGCCCCGGCGGCCCCGGUGCCCUGGUCUGCGAGCCCCGGCCCACUCCCCGCGCCCAACGCGCUGCCCCGCGCCAAGGUGCAGAGCCUGAAAAUGAGCCUGGUGCUGGCGCUGCUGUUCCUGGGCUGCGAGCUGCCCUACUUCGCCGCCCGGCUGGCAGCCGCCUGGUCGUGGAGGCCCGCGGGAGACUGGGAAGGCGAGAACCUGGAGGCGGCGUUGCACGUCGUUGAAGUGGCCAACAGCGCGCUCAAUCCCUUCGUCUACCUUUUCUUCCAGGCAGGCAACGGCAGGGUUUGGCGGAAGCGCCUAGGCACUGUCUGCUGCCCGGGGAAGGGAGUCUCGGAGGACGACGAGGGGGCCCGUGGCCACCAGGCGCUCCAUCGCCACCGCUGGCCUCACGCUCACUAUCACCACGCUCGGCGGAAGCAGCUGGCAGAGGGCUGCAUGCGCCCACCUCCGCCGCGCCCCAGGCCGCUGCCCUGCUCCUGCGAAAGCAUCUUCUAGGUGCUGGAUGACAGAGAUAAAUCAUCUGUCGCCGCAGCGCAGCCUCAACGGAAAACGAGGGCAGGUGGGGUAGGUUUAAAUCAAAGCACACCAUGACGGACAGGAAAGUCUCCCGGAGAGUUACAACCGAAGCUGCCACCCACCUCCAUUCUCCUAUUGUAACUACUGUCUCCUUCUAAUGUUUACAUUUCCCGGCACUUUUCCAGUUUCUUACCUCCCAGUCCCUCUAGCCUUUCCCCAGUUGUGAUGGAAAGAGGGCGAAUCAUUGGGAACUUGUAAAAAGUGAGUCAAAGUUAUAGAGUUCUUAUUUUUGCAGUUGUUUCUCGCUCUCAUAAUCUUGUGAAUCACCUAAAUUGCCAAGCGUUCAUUAUUUGCUGUGUUGUCAUCUGUUUCUUACAUAAAUUUGAAUCCUGCUUAAAUCAAGUCAACCUUCGGGACCACUGAGUUUGCCUUUCUUUCCAGGAGGAAAAUCCCCCACGUUGCUCCCUGGGGAGAUUGAAAAUUGUACCAGUGAUACUGUCAGAAAUGUAAUUAUACUGUCACUUCAGAGCCACAGAGCAUUUGCAAAAUAAAAACAUUUCCCACAGAGCAAUUAGUACUUUUUUACAUGGCAAUGUGUUCUCUCAGAAGAAAAUCUGUUUGGCCUUUAUUUCCA